AGUGGUGGGGGAAGGGGUGUUACUUGGGUUCCCAGGUUGGAAGAUUAUCUCACCCAGGCUGAACUAUAUAAACUGGCCAGGGUAGAGAAGCACAGCAGGGCUGACUCCAGGGCUUCAUUCCAUAGGAAAAACACACACACAGAAUCACAGCUGCCAACAUGAUGGUGCUGAAAGUAGAGGACCUGGUCACGGGGAAGAACAGCAGUGGGGAGGCAAGGGGAUUCCUUCCUGAGGGUUUCAGAGAUGGAGAAUAUGAAGCUGCUGUUACUUUGGAGAAGCAAGAGGAUCUGAAGACUCUUCCGGGCCACCAUGUGAACCUGGCAGAGCAACAGUGGAUAAGUGAGAAACAGCGAGAGGCAGAGCUCAAAAAGAAAAAAAUACAACAAAGAUCAAAACUUGAAAACUUAGAAGACCUUGAAAUGAUCAUUCAACUGAAGAAAAGGAAAAAAUACAAAAAAACGAAAGUUCCAGUUCUAAAGGAACCAGAACCCCAAAUUAUUACCGAACCUGUGGAUGUGCCUCAGUUUCUGAAGGCUGCUCUGGAGAAUAAACUACUAGUAGUCGAAAAAUUCUUGUCCGACAAGAACAAUCCAGAUGUCUGUGAUGAGUAUAAACGGACAGCCCUUCACAGAGCAUGUUUGGAAGGACAUUUGGCAAUUGUGGAGAAGUUAAUAGAAGCUGGAGCCCAGAUAGAAUUCCGUGAUAUGCUUGAAUCCACAGCCAUCCACUGGGCAUGCCGUGGAGGAAGCCUGGAUGUCUUGAAACUGUUGCUGAACAAAGGUGCAAAAAUCAGUGCCCGAGAUAAGCUGCUCAGUACAGCGCUUCAUGUGGCUGUGCGGACCGGCCGCUAUGAGUGUGCGGAGCACCUUAUCGCCUGCGAGGCAGAUCUCAACUCCAAAGACAGAGAAGGAGAUACCCCUCUGCAUGAUGCCGUGAGACUGAAUCGUUACAAGAUGGUCAGACUCCUGAUUAUGUAUGGCGCCGACCUCAACAUCAAGAACUGUGCUGGGAAGACCCCCAUGGAUCUGGUGCUCCACUGGCAGAAUGGAACCAAAGCAAUAUUUGACAGCCUUAAGGAGAACUCUUACAAAACCUCUCGCAUUGCUACAUUCUAGGGGAAGCUUUCAUUUGUUAGCUGCUCACUGGCGUGUUGAAGGGAUGGCCCAAAAGAAGAAUGAGCAGCCUGAAAACCCAGCUUCUCUUAUCAACCUGUUAUGAAGAUGUACCUAAUGAUGUAUCAAGAAAGCACAGGGUUAUAGGUGUUUAAAUUUCCUUUAGUGAAACCGCCUCUUUUUAAUUUAUUCCUGUGACACAUAUUCAGACUUUCACGAGCAUCCAUUUGGUGAGCAAAACAUAAUUUAUCUGUUAACACAUUCAGCACCUUCCUAUAGAUAGCUCUAAAACAUGUGAAUGGUCAAUUCUCUGAGUGCCUACUUAUGUGUUCUCACUCACACGAGAGAUUUCAAGGUAUUUUGAAAGGACAAAGAUGACGAUUACAGCCAUAUAUUCUUUGGAAUUUUAACAUUUGAAUGAACAAUGGAAGACAUGUAGUGACAAGAAAGAAGACAAAAGACUGAAAGCAAUAC